CUGGAACGUGAGCUGGAGAGCUGUCAGGUGGAUGUCCGUGAAAUCGGCGCCCGUACCAGACGCGUUAUGGCUGCCACCGAGGAGGCGUUAACGCUAACGGAUCCACGCGAGAAUGCCUUCCUCAAGUUGCAUACCCAACCCAAGAAACUCCUCAAAGAUCACCACACGUCCCCAGCCAGUACCUACACCCAAACCCAACUGCUCCUGCGGACCUUCGACGUCUCCGGCAAGCCUCGCACCAGCGGUGGUGACCCGAUAAAAGUCGAGAUCACCACACGUCGUCGAUCCCCACCACCACCUCAACCACCGCCAACGUCAUCAAAUCACGAACAACAUCGACGACGGAACCCGUCGGAUCGGGAUCAAUCCAAUCGAUGCUCUCUAAAUCAAGAUCCAAACCACGCCGACUAUUCAAACCCACAAGAUCGGGACCCAGCUCGAGUCCGAGACCGAACUGGCCAUGACCGCAGUCACGACCAAUCCAAUCACCAACCACCGCUUUCAGGCGGCUCAAUACGCCCGGCCCAAGCUCAAGUUCCAGAUCCACCAGACCAACGACGAUCCAACAACACUAGCAGCAGCAGAAGGCCACCAUCAGAUUCCCUAUCAAAUUCCUCCGCGUCAACCCCACCACCACCCACUACAUUCACCCAGUCCCAUCUCCACCAAACCAUCACCAGCUGCAGUACAGCAUCCAUUAACACCAACAUCAUAUCAACAACCAAUCACACCGACUCGAAUCACGAUUCCAGUAAUCACUCGAAUAUCGGCCAAGAACGAUCACGAUGGAUCAACUCUGCCACCUCCUCUGUUAGCGCCACUAUCAAUGAUAACGAUGACGGUACCUACACAAUCUCCUUUAUUGCAUACGAGGCUGGUGAAUACGACGUCCACGUCACCAUAUUUGGACGACCUAUCAAGAAUUCCCCCUAUACAGUCGUUGUGAGCGGACAUCAUGCACCCAGGUGGCAAUUCGGCUCGUUUGGCUUGGGUGAACUGCAGUUGAAACAGCCAGUCAAGAUCGUGCAAGACCAUAAGGGCUUCUCCUACAUUCUCGACACGGGCAACAAUCGAAUCAAAAUGCUCGAUGGAAACGGUGAGUACCUGGACGAUAUCCACAGUGAGGCGCUGAAGGACGCAAGUACCGUCGGUAUGACCAUUCUACCGUCGGGGGACAUCCUGACCCUGAAUUGGCGUACCAAGGAGAUCACCAAAUGCACACAUAACGGUGAAACGUUGCAGGUCAUGAGUUUCUCUGAAUUUAUGGAACCAAUCGAUAUAACCGUUGACAGUCGAAGCCGAAUACUAAUUGCUGACACUGGAUGCGCGAAGGAAAAAACCCUAAAACUCGUAAAAAUUUUCACAAAAAUCCCAAAAAGUCCCACCGAAACCCCAUCAAUCACCAUUCCCCCUUUGCAGAUAUUCGUGUUCGAUGCCUCAUUCAGGCCACUGUUCAGUUUCGACGUUGGCGCACACUGCGACUCCGCACCCGUCACUUGCGUCUGCAUAGGUCUCAACGACGAAAUUCUCGUCGGUACAUGCUCUUCCCUACUGCUUUUUGAUCCCGGAGGUCGGUCGGAUUUUUUUUCCGCGAAUUUUUUUCAAUUUCAGGGUUCGUUCGUGUUCGCGUUGGACAGCUACGGGUCACGACUGCGAUGUCCUUGCGGUGUCCGAGUGGGUACACAUCGUUGGACCGGGAUGUGCCUGGUUGUCGACUCCGCAACGCAUUCCGUUAAAGCCUAUCAGUUUCGGUGA